UAUUACACUGAUAUGUUUGUGAUUUUCUUUUUGUUUUUUCUCCAGUUCCUCCAGAAUUCAACUUUCGGUUUGGCCGACAUGUCCCGCCUCGUCCUCUGUGUGUCCGUCAUCGUGGCUCUGUGGUCGGCGUCAGUCCUCAGUCUGGCAGUGUUCUCGGACGCCCCGGAGGCUCACAUGCUGCUCCGGUCUCGUCGUGCCAACUCGUUCCUGGAGGAGCUGCAUCCACCCUCCAAGGAGCGUGAGUGUGUGGAGGAAAGAUGUGACUUUGAGGAAGCCAGAGAGAUUUUCCAAACCAGGGAAGCCACACUGGAGUUCUGGACGGUGUACACGGAUGGGAACCAGUGUGAAUCCAACAUGUGUGUUCAUGGAGUCUGUGUGGAUCUGUACCAAGCCUACAGCUGCAACUGUGACCAUGGAUAUGAGGGAAAAUACUGUAACCAUCCUCAAACAGCGACUAACUGCUCUGUCAACAACGGCGACUGUGACCACGAGUGUUCAGAGAGUGCAGGCGGCCUGAGGAGGACCUGUAGCUGUGUGAAUGGAUACACACUGGACGAAGACUCCAAGAAAUGUAAAACGAAAGGUUUCUCAUCCUGUGGUCAGCUGCUGGUCGACAGGUCAUCAUACACCGAACCGAAGGACGGCCUGCAGCCCUGGAUGGUGGGAGGGGAGGUGGGCAAGAAGGGGGAGAGUCCAUGGCAGGUGCUGUUGCUGAACGCAAAAGGGCGUUUUCACUGCGGAGGCGUCCUCAUCGAUGAGAGUUGGGUGCUGACAGCUGCUCACUGCCUCGACAAUAACCUGAAAUUCAGUGUACGACUGGGUGACUACGAGCGCUUCAGAGAAGAAGGUACCGAGGUGACUCUAAGGGUCAAACGAACCUUCAAGCACCCAAACUACUACAACAGAGAGAUGGUCGACAACGACAUCGCCCUGCUGCGUCUGGAGACUCCCGCCCCGACCACAAAGUACAUCGUCCCUGUUUGCCUGCCGGGGCGCAAGAUGGCUGAGCGGGUGUUACACCUGAACGGAACCAUCACCGUGGUGACCGGCUGGGGCAGUGACAGCCUGGACAGCAACCACUACAGCUCGGCACUCAACGUCAUCAAAGUGCCGCUGGUCAGCCACAGCAUCUGCACCAGCCAGAUGUCCCAUAACAUCUCUGAAAACUUCCUCUGCGCCGGGAUCCUCGGACAGAGAAAGGACACCUGCAAGGGGGACAGCGGCGGACCGAUGGUCACCCUUUACCGAGACACCUGGUUCCUGGUGGGCCUGGUGUCCUGGGGCGAGGGCUGUGGGAUGGAGGACAAGUUGGGCAUCUACACUAAGGUGUCCAACUACAACGACUGGAUCAACGGAGUGCGUGAAGAAUGGGACAGAGCUCAUAAUCCACAACAACCCCAUGGUGUCUAAACCCACCUCCAACCCCAACAGCUCACCUAGUUUGGUCUGUUAAACCCACAUAAAGGCCCUCAGUGCAGUAGGAAUGUGACACGCUUUGUUAAAUAAACUGAUUUACUCUCAAGA